GUUGCGCGAGUCGUGCACACUCGCACAGUCAGUCGUUCGCCGUCAACUAACGCACACGGAAUAUAUCCGCAGUUAACUCACUCUUCUCACAAGACUUACCUCACACACACACAAGCCAACCACUAAGCCGGCAUUCCAUUUCGUGAGGAUUCAUUUGUUUUAAACCAAACAAACACAACAAAUUCAAGAUGUCUUGCCCAGCGCCGUCCUUGAAAGAUUUGCCACGCGUCGCCGUUGAUUUCAAGACUGAACUGGAGGGUUUCAAGACCGACAAUUUGAAGAACGCAGACACCAUGGAGAAAAUUAUUCUUCCAUCUGCCGAAGAUGUAGAACAGGAGCGUACACACAAUGCGCUCAUUGCUGGCGUGGAAAACUUCAAACCAUCCUCGUUAAAACGCACCGACACAAAAGAGAAGAUUGUAUUGCCCAAUGCCCAAGAUGUUGCCGCUGAGAAGAAAGAGAAAGCGAUGAUUGACAGCAUCGAGACCUUUGAUGCAACCAAGUUGAAGCACACCGAAACGCAGGAGAAGAACCCUCUGCCCGACAAAGAAGUGUUGGAGCAUGAAAAAACCCACCAGAACCUGAUAAACGGUGUGGAGCACUUCGAUAAGUCCACGAUGCGACAUGCUGAGACGCAGGAAAAAGUCAUCCUGCCUGAUCCUCAAGUGAUCAAACAAGAGCAAAGAGAACAAAAGUUGAUCUCUGGCAUUGAAAACUUCGACACCAACCAGCUGAAGCACACCGAAACUCAGGAGAAGAACACAUUGCCGACGAAAGAAGUCAUCGACCAAGAGAAGACCGCCUAAGUCAUUCCACACGUCUAUUUCUCUCUAAUUUUCAAUACUUGCAUUUAUUAUUAAUCCAAAUCGGUGGAAAUGUAAAGAUGUAGACCGACUACAUAUACAGGGGAAAUCAUUGAAAAAUAUGUAAACGAAUCAACGAAUGUCCAAAAUCAAACAAUCCAGGAGUCAACUAACGAAAACAUAUGACAACGCUCAUUUAAAACAAUUAGAAUUACCAUUCAUCAUUAUUUAAAACUAAAAUUUAGGGAUUUUAAGGAGGAUGAGAUUUUGAUACUAGAAAUUUUGCAUUUUAUAGAAAUCUACCAACUUUUUGAUACUUUGAGAUAACAAAAUGCCAAUGAAUUUUCUUAGAAAACAUUGCUUUACACUUUUGAUAUGAAUAUAACUUGAUAUCUUAAAUGUCGAUAAAUGCGUAUUUGUAGUGUCGCGCUGAUGUCAUUUAAUUUGAAAUUUACUUUAACUCUCUUAUCCAGUAUUAGCAAUGUAUGGAUGUUUUACGUUUGUCAACACUAUCCUCGUCUAAUCUUUACCGUGCGAUUACUUUCUUAUUUACUUAAUCGGCAAUAAAUGCUUAUCUAACUGCUUGGUCUGAUUCGUUUUGAGUUUUGCGCUUCGGAUGUUUGUUUGUUCAGAUUAUUUUCAGUGUUUCAGUGCACUUCAUUUUUAUAUACAUAGUUUGUACUUAUUUUAAGAAAUCUAUGCGUUUAUUAGCUAUUAUACUAUGAAAUAACAUGUUUAUUGAAUUAUUUAAUGAGUUUGCAUGAAUACGGUGCUUAAAAUAAACGUAUCAAAGCGUAAAA